AUGGCCUUCGGCGGGCAGAACGGCAGGUCAACAGAACCUAUCUUUGAGCCUCUACGCAAGCUGAAGGUCGUCUGCGUCGGUGCGGGCGCUUCUGGCCUACUUCUGACCUACAAGAUUCAACGCCAUUUCAGUGAUUUUGACCUGCAAGUCUUUGAGAAGAAUGCUGAUGUUGGUGGUACAUGGUUUGAAAACAGAUACCCUGGGUGCGCGUGUGAUGUUCCUUCGCACUCUUAUACCUGGUCCUUCGAACCCAAGACCGACUGGUCAGCAAGCUAUGCUACUGCGAAGGAAAUAUAUCAAUACUUCAAAGAUUUCUCCACCAGGUAUGGCCUGGAUAGAUUCAUUAAGGUGAACAAUAAGGUCAUCGCUGCAACUUGGGACAAAAACGUUGCAGAAUGGCAUGUGAAAGCGGAGAAUACUAUUACCAAGGAAAUCACUGAGACGUCUUGCCAUAUACUUGUCAAUGCUGGUGGUAUUCUCAACGCCUGGAAAUGGCCAGCAGUCCCUGGUCUCAAGGACUAUAAAGGGCAGCUGGUUCACAGCGCAGCCUGGGGCGAGGAUGUCGACAUCAAAGGCAAAGUCGUCGGAUUGAUCGGCAAUGGAUCAUCGGGUAUACAAAUCCUGCCGUCCAUCAAGAACGAUGUCAAGCACUUAGUCACCUUUAUUCGAGAGGCAACGUGGAUCUCACCACCCUUCGGCCAAGGUUACGAGGAGUACACUGAUGAAGACCGAGAUCGAUUCGCCAGAGAUCCGGAGUAUCACCUCCAGACCCGACGGGAGAUAGAGGCAGGGAUCAGCGGCGUAUUCGCCCAAUUCUACGCCGGCUCCGAGGCGCAAGCGAAAUCACGUCAGUACAUGCAAUCGUUGAUGGAAGCCAGGCUGGCAAACAAAGACCUUGAGAAACUUUUGAUCCCUUCAUGGAGCGUUGGGUGUCGCCGCCUUACACCGGGGGUUGAUUACCUUGAAUCUCUCACUGCUCCAAACGUUACUACCGUCUUUGGCAACAUUACGCAUUGUACAGAGGCAGGGGUCGUAUGCGAGACCGGGGACGAGUACCCUGUCGAUGUCCUCAUCUGUGCUACUGGAUUUGAUACAUCAUACAGACCGCGAUUCCCUCUUCUAGGCACGACCAAGACACCGUUGAGUGACGAGUGGAAAGAGGAGCCUGCCGGAUAUAUGGGACUGGCGGUGAACAAUUAUCCAAACUACUUCAUGACGCUUGGGCCCAAUAGCCCCAUUGGCAAUGGACCACUGCUCAUCUGUGUCGAGGCAGAAGUUGAUUAUAUGAUCAAGUUCAUGUCCAAGUUUCAGAAAGAGAACAUCCGGUCUUUCGAUGUCAAAGCCGAAGCGGUGGCGGACUUUAACGAGUGGAAAGAUGCCUUCAUGAGCAACAUGGUCUGGACGGAAGAUUGCCGCUCAUGGUACAAGGCCGGUAGCAUUUCUGGCAAAGUCGCCGCACUCUGGCCUGGGUCGAGUCUCCACUAUCUGGAAACCCUCGAGUCUCCUCGCUGGGAGGAUUGGAAUUUUUCCUACAUGCCGAACAGGAACCGGUUUGAGUAUCUUGGCAACGGGCUCAGCUCGGCGGAGGCGAGACCCGGUGGGGAUCCCAGUUACUAUAUCCGCAACAGGGACGAUAGCCCCAUCGAUGUCUGUCUCAACUCCAAGAAAGCUGGUGGAAAUGAGCUCAAGACUGGACUUGAGAAUCGUGCUCGAGACAAGACUUGA